AUGGAAUCAACUUGCUGUGGUUCAAGUAGUAGUUAUAUCAUCUAUCGUCCUGAAAAACUGAAAAGGUCUCAUAUAUUAGAUUUCUUAUUGCCUUGGAGAAGCUUAAAGGGUUCUGGCCAUGUAGAAAUCAGCAGCAGCAGCAGCCAUCAUGAUGAUAGUCAAGGAAGCAUCGAAGCUCACUGGAUAACAUUUUUCAGCUGUGUGUUACAGAAGAUCAUGCUACGGAUUAGGCGGCCUCUCUCUUUGCUAGGCUUUGCUCUAGAGUUCACCUUGAACUUGUUUUCAGUUAAUGGUGGUAUUCUAAAAUUGAUUGCAACCAUUCUCAGAGGUUCGGUGGUGAUUCCAAACUCAGAAUCGAAGGAGUGGAGGUCAUUUCUUGGACAUAUAGAUGGACGGAUCGAUCUCCACAGAUCAUCCUCGGUUCCCAGCUGCAUAAGUAAGACAGCGCCCACACGCAGGAUUGAACGUAUUAUUAAUCCAUUAGAAUUGUGUAUGAUGGCGUCAAAGGUAGCCUACGAGAACCCAGCCUACGUGAACAACGCUGUUACUAACCACUGGAAGAUGCAUUUUGAGGGGUUCUUCAACUGUUGGAAUGUGUUUCUAAAGGAGAAGACAACCCAUGCAUUCAUAUUCUGCGACAGACCCAAAAAUGCCCGACUAAUUGUGGUGGCAUUUCGUGGGACUGAACCCUUCAAUGCCAAAAAUUGGUGUACCGACUUGGAUCUCUCAUGGCUGUCAAUGGGGAAAAUGGGAAGAGUUCACUUGGGAUUCAUGAAGGCUCUCGGACUCCAAGACGAAAAAGAUGUUGGAAAAGGUUGGCCGAAAGAGUACAGAGGAGACAAAGAGUUAGCAUACUACCUCAUCGGAGAUAAACUGAGAGCAUUGGUUGAGAAGAACAAGGGUGCCAAGAUAUUGAUAACAGGACACAGCUUAGGGGCAGCACUCGCUACUCUUUUCCCUGCCAUUCUUAUACAUCACCAACAAACCUCCAUCUUAAGUAGAUUGUUUGGUGUGUACACCUUUGGACAGCCCAGGGUUGGAGAUAAGCAAUUCGGGAGUUUCAUGGAAACACAUCUCAACUCCAAAUUCAAGAGGUACGUUAGGGUGGUCUAUAGAUAUGACAUUGUCCCCAGGAUUCCCUUCGAUGAUCCUUAUUCACAAUUCGUACACUUUGGAGGCUGCCUUUACUAUCAUGGCUGGUACAGAGCACAGGUUUUGAAUGAAGAACCAGAUGAGAACUACUUCAGUCCCUUUUAUCUUCUUUCCAAGCACUUCCAUGCUUUGUUGGACCUAUCCAGAGCCCUCUACAUUGGCAUUCAACAUGGCAAAGAUUACACGGAGAGUUCAACCUCUAUUCUAUUUAGGGUUUUUGGGCUCCUUGUUCCUGGGGUUGCUUCCCACAGUCCAAGGGACUGUGUCAAUGCUGCUAGGCUUGGGAGAUAA